AUGGGAGAUCGGGCUUGUUACAGUUGCGGUAAAGGAGGACAUAUGGCUAGAGAAUGUCCGGAUGGCGAUCGUCGUGGUGGUGGUGGAAGAAGUCGGGAGAUGACCUGUUACAGCUGUGGUGGAACUGGACACAUGUCUAGAGAAUGCCCCGACAAAAAUCAAGGUGGUUAUGACAAAAAUCAGGGUGGUUAUGGAAGACGUUCAGGUGGUGGCGCAUGCUACAACUGUGGCAAGGAAGGCCACAUGGCUCGUGACUGUCCAGAGGAACAGCAGCAACGCAGAGGUGGCCGUGGUGGUGGUUUUGGUGGUGGCGGCGGCGGCGCAUGCUACAACUGUGGAGGGGCUGGCCAUAUAGCAAGAGACUGUCAGGGUGAAAGACAGGAUGGUGGUAGACAACAACAAAGACGUGGCGGUGGCGGUGGAAAAUGCUAUGAGUGCGGCGAAGAAGGUCAUUUUGCCCGUGACUGCCAAAAUAAGGAUUAA